AUGGCGUUGGAGAACCCUCUGGUGUCCUCACCUGGAGCUAUGAUGCCGGCCAUCUCUCCAUACACCGAGUUCUCUCUGUCUCCUAAUUCUCCAGCUCAAGGCUCCCAAGGCUCUCAAGGUUCACGGUUCCAGUCAACACCAGCGCGUAAUUCCGGGGAAUCAUCACUCCAUCCAAACUCAAUGGAAGGCGUUUCCCCAGCCGGAUCGAAUGUGCUCAGUCCAAGCGAGAUGGUGGGGCCAUCGCCGGUGACAUCGAACGGGACGGAUACAACUGAAAUUGAGGAUGAGAUUACGGAGGAUGUCUUGGAAGGCGAUCUGUCACCUGUGACCCACGCCGAAUCUACUGAUUCACGGUCUACAUUGAAGAGAAUCAGUACAGCCCUCCCGGAACAGCUACGAGCCUCGAUCGACGAUGAAUCUAUAUCGGUUAUACAUGCGCCAGAAGGAUACAAGGGAUUUGACAGCUUCCCAGCGCAAACACCCUCGCGGCAGCUAGGCAAAUCUCCACCAAUCCGCUCUCAAAAGUCCCCACCCCUCCCAGAUAGAUCUACUCCCACCCCGUAUCAGGAGCGUGACAUUGCUGGGCAUGCUAUCAAGACAAUUUUGGAAGUUCCGAAAGAUGAAAGCGGCCAACCCAUCUCCCCCCCUCCGAUUUCUACAGAUGUGCCCCCAAGCAAAUACAGCAUUGAGGACGCAACACCCCGCGCACAGACCCGGCAAGAAGUGGAAGCUCUAGGUAUAGAGAGAUCCCUCUCCCGGGCGUCAACCAGCUUACACAGUCUUGAAGGGAUCCCAGAAGAGGAUCAACAUGAGGAAGAUGAGUUUGAGUCUCACACCGUGCACAAUCCCGAGCAGGAGAUCAAUGCGCUCAAGACGGCGCUCAAUGAAUGUUGGACUCUGUGUAAUACUCUAGCAAGUCUAAGCUCGAUUCACCGCGAAAGAAUAUUCAGCUACUCUGGAACCGGUGAUACCCAUGAGCAGGCAUGGAAGUGCUGCUGGAAGUUAUGCCAGAAGCUUUAUUACAGCCGGGAUCAAGAUCAUGAUUCUUACGUCAGACCGACGCUUGAUAUGUGUCGAGACUUUUGCCAGGCAUUAUUUGAGGUACGCCAACGGAAGGAUGAGACCGCUGAUUCCGUAUUAAGAGUCAGCUUUGAACUGAACAACCACCUUUACAAUACUCACGACAGAAGCCUUCCAGAGGCGUUUCGAGAGAGGACUCUGGAUUUCUAUAUCACUCUUUGCCACCGACUCAUGAAACAACGGAAUGAGCUAGCUGAAGAGACAGACGCUCUUCUUCGAGCAUGUUGGUCGUUGGCCGAGAUGCUCUUCAGUCUUCGUCAAAACAAGAAAGACGGAAAAUCCGCAGAUGAAGAGCUUCUUGGAUCGGCCGUUCAAGCUUGCUGGGAACUAUGCGACCUCUUUAGAGAAGGCUGGACCCAGGUUCGACCCGAGCGUGGAACGCCACGGGCCUCUCAGACUACAUUUUCGCAAGUAGGCGACCAAAUGAGCCGCGCCAGAGACCCGUCCGCUCAUCCUUCCACCCACUCCCACAGCAAGUCUAGCAGCCUUACGAGCUUACCUGAAAACCCUGAGCAUCCACCACAUGCUCGCAACCACUUCAGGGACAAUCCCCUACCUGGCUGGAAUCCCGAAACGCCCACUACAGAAUUUGAAGAUACCCCUAUCUCACCCGAAGUCUCCCCCAACAUCCCCAACAUCCUCGUUCUCGGCACGGAAAACAACCGUGCGGCAAAUGUCCGUUGGUCCAGCGCCUCUUCUUCCCUCUCCGGCUUUUCUCAAGGCAGUAGCCAGUCAGGGCAUUCCUCAAGCACCGUAACAUCUACGGCUAACCCGGAAGAUGUAAACCUGACCCGUCUCAAAAUCCUCAUCCUGAAAGCAGCGAUGAACGUUGGCUUCUCCCGCACCGCACCGACCUCUACUACAUCUAACAAGUCCGACCCGCCCGCUCUGCAGAAUUUCGUCAAGGCCCUCCCGACCGGCUCUUUUGGCUCUCUGCCCGCACACGCUACGUUGCUGACUUCAUAUCGCAAUCUGGUGUUGAGUGACCCGACUUUUAGGAGUGCACAUGCGUUGCCGAGCGUUGGCAAGAAGGCGUCAGCCGUAGAUGUUGCAAAGAGCGUCGGGUGGAUGAUGAGAAGCGGACAGUAUACUUUCUUAAGAGAUUUGUUCAAGUUAGUAUUUGGGUUCCACAUGGAUGAGGCUGAGAAGAGGAAGAACGUCAGCAUUACCGUUUAA